AUGGAAGACUUCUGGGAUAACCACAGCUUCGUGUCUGAGUUCAUCCUUCUAGGUUUCUCCAGGGAUUCCCGAAUUAAUGCAAUCCUCUUCAACAUCUUUCUCUUCCUCUACCUCUCUACACUUGUGGGCAAUGGGCUCACUGUCAUCUUGAUCCACCUUGACUCCCACCUCCACACACCCAUGUACUUCCUCCUUAGUGCCCUUUCCAUGCUGGACAUGAGCUACGUUACCACUACUGUGCCCCAGAUGUUGGUGCAUCUGGUCUGCCAGAAGAAAAUUAUCUCCUAUGUUGGAUGUGUGUCCCAGAUGUACAUCUUCUUGGUUUUGGGAAUCACUGAAGGCUGGCUGUUCUCUGUCAUGGCUUAUGAUAGAUAUGUGGCCAUCUGCUACCCACUCAGAUACAAGGUUAUUAUGAGUCCAUGGCUAUGUGGAGCAAUGAUAGUCUUUUGUGGACUGUGGGGUGUCAGCUGUUCCCUAGUCUAUACUGUCUUCACCAUGUGCCUGCCCUACUGUGGUCCCAAUGAGAUCAACCACUUUUUCUGUGAGGUCCCUGCUGUUCUGAAGCUAACCUGUGCAGACACAUCCCUCAAUGACCAAGUAGAUUUCAUCCUGGGCUUCAUCCUUCUCCUGGUACCUCUUUCCUUCAUUCUGUCCUCUUAUGUCUGCAUCUUUGCCACUAUCUUGAAAAUCCGCUCAGCCCAGGGUCGACUCAAGGCCUUCUUCACCUGUGCAUCCCACAUCACUGUGGUCACCAUGUUCUGUGGACCAGCCAUGUUUAUGUACAUGAACCCUGGGGCCAGUGCCUCCCCAGAGAGGGACAAGAUACUGGCUCUGUUCUACAAUGUCAUCUCUGCCUUUCUCAACCCCAUAAUCUACAGCCUCAGAAACAAAGAUGUGAAGAAGGCUUUCCUCAAAGUAACAGGCUGGGACAGGACCCCUGAGUGA